AACACACAGACAGCGAUGCCACGCUCAAAACGAAGGCUUCAUUCGAGGUCCGGGUCCCGGUCGUCGGUCGGCGGUGGUGGUGGCGGACGGUACGAUGAGAAGCGCUUAAAGCAUCACACAGAAUCCGGGGGCGGCGACUGCUUUAAUAAGAAUGCGAGGAAAUCGAACACAAGCUCGUCCCGUAGAAAACGGAAGCGAUCCGAAGAGUCCCAUCAUCGGCGAAGUCAAGCGGGGUCAACUGGUGGCGGCCACAGGAAGAAUCGAUAUCGGGAAGAGAAAGCAACGCGCCGUCACGAGGACCGGACGUCGCGCAAUAACAGAGAGCGAGAGCUUAGGACGGAAGAGCCGAAGAAGCACAGCAAUGCCGCGGCUGCCGCCGUGAGGAACGAUGCGGAAGGGCAUCUGAUGUAUCAAGCUGGUGAUGUACUGCAUAAUAGAUACAAACUAUUAUCUACCCUAGGUGAAGGCACAUUCGGGCGUGUUGUCAAAGUAAAGGACACGAGCCGGGAUCAUACGAUAGCACUGAAAAUUAUACGCAACGUGGAAAAGUACCGCAAGGCGGCCAAGCUGGAGAUCAAUGUGCUGGAAGAGAUCCUGUCCAAAGACCCGUCUGGUCGGCACCUCUGCAUUCGAAUGCUGGACUGGUUCGAUUUCCACGGCCACAUUUGCAUCGCAUUCGAGAUGCUCGGACUGAGCGUGUACGACUUUCUGAAGGACAAUAAAUACGAGCCUUUCCCGCUGGAGCACGUGCGCCACAUGGCUUACCAGCUGUGCUUUGCCGUUAACUUUCUCCACAGCAUCAAGCUGACGCACACCGAUCUGAAGCCGGAAAACAUUCUGUUCCUCGAUUCGGAGUUCACGACCGUCCCCAGCAACGCCCUGCGCAAGAAUCGCGAAGUGCGACACGUCAACUGCACCGACAUACGGUUGAUUGACUUUGGCAACGCGAUAUUCGAUCACGAGUACCAUAGCACAAUUGUGUCGACCCGCCACUACCGGGCGCCCGAAGUGAUACUAGAGCUCGGAUGGUCGCAGCCCUGUGACGUCUGGUCGAUCGGGUGCAUCAUGUACGAGCUGUACCUGGGCAUAACGCUCUUCCAAACGCACGACAAUCGCGAACAUUUGGCCAUGAUGGAGCGCAUCCUCGGGCCCAUACCGUACCGAAUGGCGAAGAAGACCCGCACGCGCUACUUCCAUCACGGCAAGCUGGAGUGGGAUGACAAGUCGUCCGCCGGGCGUUACGUGCGCGAAAACUGUAAACCGCUAGCCCGCUCCGCCAUCGCCGACACGCCCGACCAUGUGCUGCUGUUUAAUCUCAUCGGCCGAAUGCUCGAUUACGAUCCGAGCGAUCGUAUCACGCUCGCGGAAGCGCUCGACCAUCCGUUUUUCUCCAAACUGCCCGCCCAUCAACGACUGCACACACGAUACGGAAGCGGCGAGAAAAGUACGUCCUCUUCCUCGGCGUCGUUGACGGCGACCGGUUCGCGGGAUUUUUCGCACAGUCUGUCUAGAUGAAAUGGUGAUGAUGAUGAGCAGCAGCGAUUUUUGACGUUGGUGCCGCUGAUGAUGCUGACGCUGUUCUGCUGGCUGGUGGAUGUUAUGAUAGUGUUUAGAAAACAACUGAUGAUUCUUCGCACGCGACGCGCCCCUCCUUUUUUGCAUGAGACGUGACGAUGAUGCACAACAACGCCCCGCGCAAUGACCAAUUGUUCAUACGACAUUAGCUGUGUAAACCUACUCUCCUCCUAGCUUGCUAACAACCAAAA